CUGUUCCUCAUUUUUUCAACAAAUUAACCUAGUAUCCUAAAUAUGAGCCAGGAAACUCCUUUUCAGCUUCCUAUAAUAGAUUUCUGCAAGUCAGAUCUAAAGCCAGGAACUUCAGAGUGGGACUUGGUGAAAUCUCGAGUUUGGAAGGCAAUUUCAGAGCAUGGUUGCUUCAAGGCUUUGCUUGACAAAAUUCCUCUGCAUGUCGAGAAGUCAUUUCUUGGUGAAGUGAAAGAGCUCUUCGACAUACCCCUUCAGACGAAAAGGCAACAUGUUUCUGAAAUACCCUUUUAUAGCUAUUUUGGGAAAUCCACACCUCCGCUGCAAUAUGAAAGCUUUGGUAUUGAGGAUCCCAGCAUCUUCGACAACUGCAACAACUUCACCAAUGUCUUGUGGCCACAUGGAAACCCAGAUUUUAGAAAAAGUGUAAAAUAUUUUACAGCACAAGUAUCACAAUUUGAGAAACUCAUAAGGAGGAUGAUUUUGGAGAGCAUGGGUCUUGACAAUUACAUGGAUGAACACAUGAGCUCGACUUCUUGUGUUCUUAGAGUAAUGAAAUAUCAAGCGCCUCAAAUUACUGAACCAACGUAUACAAAGCACCACACAGAUAAGAACUUAAUUACUAUAUUGUAUCAAAAUCAAGUUGAUGGGCUGGAGGUACAAACCAAACAUGGCAUGGACGAAUGGUCGAUUGCACCCGCCCUUCCUUCAAUAGAUUUCUGCAAGUCAGAUCUAAAGCCAGGAACUUCAGAGUGGGACUUGGUGAAAUCUCGAGUUUGGAAGGCAAUUUCAGAGCAUGGUUGCUUCAAGGCUUUGCUUGACAAAAUUCCUCUGCAUGUCGAGAAGUCAUUUCUUGGUGAAGUGAAAGAGCUCUUCGACAUACCCCUUCAGACGAAAAGGCAACAUGUUUCUGAAAUACCCUUUUAUAGCUAUUUUGGGAAAUCCACACCUCCGCUGCAAUAUGAAAGCUUUGGUAUUGAGGAUCCCAGCAUCUUCGACAACUGCAACAACUUCACCAAUGUCUUGUGGCCACAUGGAAAUCCAGAUUUUAGGUGA